AUGUAUUUUGAUCAAUUGCGCAAGGAGGACAACCAUACUCUUGGCUGGGAUGUGGUGGUCAAUUAUGGCGUGAAUGAGAUCAACAAAGCGUUGGCUGCGGCGCACGCAGACUCGGAUUCCAGGAAUUCCAUCACGCACAUCACCUUCCAGGUGACAGGGAGUGACUGGAAAGGCGACGAAUACAACGUGGACUACAACUUCUCGCUUGGUGCCCCCAUCAUCCAGGUCACCUUUAAGGACACAGUCGGCUUCAUCUGCGAGCUGACUGUCCCCGUCAUCUCAGGUAUCGCCACCGGCCACAAUGGAGAGGACAAGGCCGAGCAGACCGUUGGGAGCGACGUGUACACGUUUGUGAUUGACGGCCUCUUGAUGGGCACCGCGCUGGGAGGCUCGACGGGAGCCAUCACGCCCCCGGACACGCCAUUUAUCUUCCCUACGGACUCUAAAGACGGCAUUGUGACGAUUGACUUUCCGACCUCGAAGGAUAUGUCGGUGUCGAUCCAAGAUGGCCGCCGUGCGGACAAAAAGACCAGGAUAUCGUUUGUGGAGGCCCAUAAGGCGGACGUUUGCCUCGCGAUAGCCCAGCAGCUGCGCACCACCUACAAGAACGUGCGCCUGGAGCUGGCCCGGGUGAAUUCCUCGGCAGCCCCCGGCGAUGCGGUCCAGCUGCAGCCGAGAAGCUUCAUGUUCGCCGUCCUCUCUGAGAAGAACAAGACAGUGCUGAAGGAAAACAUCCUCAGCGUCUUCAUCCAGACGGGCAGCACCGAGUCUGGGACGCGCGAUGAGAGUCGGGGCCGCAAAUGGUCAGCCCUUUGGCUCGAUACUCUGAGAAUAUCCCCCAUCUACAGCAGCCAUACGGCAUCGAUGUUUUUCAAAAAGGAGACCAUCUACGACUUGAUGAUCCGCCCUGCGAUCAGGAAGCAUGGGAUGUCCAGCUCCCUCCGGUCCAGCAGGGGCACUAUCUCUCUGGAUCUGUACACCGGCCAGAGCAUGCAUCGCGAUGCAUAUGUAUAUCCGGACCCCGAGCCUGAUCGCUUCAGGAACUAUAGGAAAGUUUCCCAGAUCAACGCGGAUCCAGAUCCCAUUGCUUUGGUUCUCAAGACCGAAGGAGAUGCUGUCAAAUGCAGGGGAACCUGCACCUACAGCUACAAAUUUGACUGGAUGCAGGAGUUUGGGUAUACAGGAGAUGAAGUUUUGUCGUACGGCACUGUGACAGUGACAAACACGCUGGACAAAACCCUGGGAACCACCACAUUUGUCGACGACUACGCAUUAAACAUGGGCUGCACGAUCUCUGCGGGCGACUGGACGCGCAAACUGGUGCCGGACAAUCAGGACUUCUGGCACAAAUUUACGGGAGGGUCAGAGGAUAUCCCAUUCUGGGUCAGUAAGCUGGAUCUUGUUCUCGACACCAUCAAGAUGGACUUUGGCUCCCUUUAUUUCUUCCUCACCACCAACCUGCUGAUGCCCGGCAAGAAGGUGAUCCAGAUUGACAAGUCAUUGGGCUUGCAGGUAGUCGGCAGUUUGUAUAUUGCGGGAGAUGUUAUCGCAAGCUAA